UCCGCCUCUCUCUUUCUCUCACUUAUUCUCACUCUCCCUCCCUCUUUCUCUGCUACAGGUGUGAGAAGACCCACGCCAGCCAUUCACACUGCGCCAGUCCCUCCAGGCUUUAACCAGAUAGCAUUAAAAUCAUCAUAAUACUGACCUGACAUCAUCUAGAGCAUUACACACAAAUACACAGACUCAUAGUCCUGGAUUGUCCAAAGAAUCCUGGGCCCAGUCAUCCUUAUCUGAAUAGUUACAUGUGAGAGUUCAUUUAGUGGCUUACAAGGGCAGGCAGGAUGAAUUUUGACGAGGUCCUGGACCGGAUUGGUGGGUUUGGACGCUUCCAGAAGACGCUUUAUGUGUGGAUCUGUCUGCCACAGAUCUUUUUGGCCUUCCACAUGUUGGUGUCUAUAUUUACUGGUGCCGUUCCCCCUCAUCUGUGCAGAUCCACCUGGCCACCGGGCGACGGUGGCGGCCCUGGGUUGGGCCUCAACUUUAGCAAUGCUUCUGGUGAGUCUUGCUCUUCUUUUCAGCACAGCCCACAGUCCCAUCUCAAUCACAGUGGCCUCAAUCUACCAAUUACUGAGCACUCGACUGGUUGCAAGGGCGGAUGGGAGUUCAGUAAAGAUGUCUUCCUCAGCACUGUCGCCACAGAGUGGGAUCUAGUGUGUGAAAAUGCCACGUUGAACAACAUUGGAGCAUCUGUCUAUAUGUUUGGGCUGCUGGUUGGUGCUGUGCUGUUUGGUGCCCUUGCUGAUAAGUAUGGCCGCAGAAUGAUCAUACUGAUCGGUUUAGCAGUGCAGGCUAUUUUUGGAGUGGGUGCAGCUUUCGCCCCUAAUUUCUACAUUUAUGUCCUGCUUCGCUUCGUGGUGGGCAUGACAGUGUCAGCAGUGAUCAUGAAUGCAUUUGUGUUGGGUACUGAGUGGACAGGCCCCAAAAAACGUAUGCUGGCAGGUGUCAUCACAGACUACUUCUUUGGUUUUGGCUAUAUCCUGCUGGCAGGGGUGGCCUAUCUUAUCCGAGAUUGGCGUAAACUGCAGUUGGCCAUUUCCGCUCCUGGCUUCCUCUUCCUGUUCUACAUCUGGGUGCUUCCAAAGUCGGCCCGUUGGUUGAUGGCCAAUCAGAAGCAUGAAGAGGCAUUGGAUCUGAUUCGUAAGGCAGCACUUAUUAACGGCAAACCACUGGACUAUGACGACAUUGAGCUUUGCCAGAGCACUAAAAACUCAGAGAAUUUACAAGACUUGCGGAAAUACUCAGUCAUCGAUCUGGUCCGGACGCCCACAAUGAGGAAACAGUCCCUCAUUCUGUUCUACCUCUGGUUUGUGAAUGUCCUGGUGUACUAUGGGCUGUCACUCAAUAUCUCAGACUUUGGUAUGAAUAUCUACAUGACGCAGAUGAUCUUUGGCUUGGUGGAGAUGCCAGCCCGUACCAUUACUCUCUUCACCCUAAACCGCUCUCGGAAGAUAUCCCAGUUAGUUUUCUUAGCAGUAGGAGGCCUGGCCUGUCUUCUCACCGUAUUCAUACCAGAUGAUCUGUCCAGUGUUCGCACUGUACUUGCCAUGGUGGGUAAGUUUGGGAUCACCGCAUCAUUGUCAAUUGUGUACAUCUACUCAGCAGAGGUCUUCCCAACUGUCAUCAGACAAAACGGCAUAGGUAUGGGUUCAAUGUGUGCACGGGCAGGCGGAGUGAUUGCCCCCAUCAUCUACCUCUUGAGAAACAUCAGCCGUCAUGCCCCCAUGGUGGUGUUUGGCCUGUGUCCGCUCAUAGGUGCUGCCCUCACCAUGUUUCUGCCUGAGACAGCCCAUAAGCCUCUUCCAGACACAAUAGAGGAUGUGGAGCGCACCGGAGUCAGCACUAGUGCCGAGAAGUCACAACAUGCCCUAUAUGAAGAAUGCCCCAAACAGAACCCCGACAUCAUCCUCUGAACAGCAAGCCUACAUUAGACUGUCACCAAACAACCAUUUCAGAAGAAAAGACUUUUCGUCUGCUAUUUCCAGCUUUUCUUUCCAGGAGUACUUGAACAUAGUCACAAAAUCGGUAUGGAAAUGUAACCAAAUCUGUGGCUUUUUUUUUUAUUAUUAAAUUUGUACACUAAUAGAUAUUAACAUGAAGGAAUUUUUUUUUUUUUUUUAUAAAAAAAGUUUUGGUAAUGUUGAUUCUUGGGGUUUUGAAAAAGGAAUUGGUGGUUUUUAAAACCUGAUUCUAUUUCUGCAGUGUCUUUACAUGUGAUGUCAUUUCUGCACACUUCUGUGAAAUAAUGUUUUCAAACAGGUUUCCUGAACACUCGCCUUGUGCCAUUGGUCAGGCAACAAAUAGCCCCGACCUAAACUCAGAGCAUUGGUUGAGCCAGUGUUACUGUACUGGGCUGGUGGGGAUACUCAAACAGUGUUUACAUUUUUCAAGCUAAUCAAUGUACAAACUAGGCUUACUUAUAGUUUCUUUAUUGGGGAUAUUUUUUUAACACCAUUUAUCACAUUUAACGCUCAUGUUAGUCUUCAGCUCUGUUUUACUGUGCUUUUUUGGUUUGUAAAUAAUGUACAUUUUACUAUGACGUUUUUAGAUGUGUACAGCAGGUUGCAUUUAACCAGUCACUCUCUGAUUUCAAUUAGUUUUCAAGUGUGAGAACCAGCAGGGUGCAAACUCACUUCUUAACAUCUGCAGUCUCUCAUACACUUGUAUUUUUUGCCUCUUUCCGAAAGAGACCAUUCAAGCUCAGAGGGUGCACUGAAAUUCUCCUCACAAACACACCCACUCAAGCCUUUUCCUGCUGAAAAGACCAGCUUAUGUUGUCGUUUUGGUCCUGGUACCCCAACAUGGGAUGUUGGUGUCUUCCUCUCUCUUAUAAACUAUUUUAACCAUUCAUCAGAAAGACCAUGCUUGUCAACCACCUUCACCAGCUAGGUUUUGCUGUUGAUAAGCAUUGCUAUGCUGGUUCACCAGGAAGUCCCAGAGAAUCUCUGGGACAUUACAGUAUUCACAUAGAGCUCAAACUAUACAAAUGAGCUUGAAAAUAUCAAAUAAAUAGUAACACUUUACAAUACGUUUCCAUUUGUUAACAUUAGUUAACAACAUUAGUUAACAUGAACUAACAAUGAAAAAUGUAUAAAUAUUAGUUAAUAUUAAUUUCAACAUAUAGUAAUUCAUUUUUAUUUGUUAACAUUAGUUAGUGCACCAUAAACUAACAUGAACUAACAAUUAACAAUUGAAUUUUAUUAACUAUAAUGUUAGUUAAAAAGAUGAAUAAAUGCUGUAAGAAAUGUAUUGUUAAUUGCUAGUUUGCGGUAAUUAAUACAUGAACUAAUGUUAAUGAAUGGAACCUUAUUGUAAAGUGUUACCAAAUAAAUAAAUAACAGAACUAUGUAUUAUUAGUCUGUUGUGAAAUCCUGAUAAAGAAUGUGAUUGUUUUCCCAGUUUUUCACAGA